AAAAGAAAGAAACGGAAGACACAAUGGCGUCUGACUCUCCACGCAGACCAAGUCGCUGUGCUGGAGGGGUUCUGGUGCGAGCGCAAGCUGCAACGGAGCAGUCGUACAUGGAAAGUGUUGUGACCUUCCUGCAGGAUGUGGUCCCUCAGGCGUACACUGGGGCUCCACCCACUGACGAAAAAGAGAAAAUAAUUUGGGUUCGAUUUGAGAAAGCUGACAUCAACGACACUUCCCGCAACCCAGAGUUAAUGGAGAUGCACAGCGGAACCACUGACCCUCCCCUCUGCCUCAUGAUCGGCUACACUGACGGGAUGCAGAUCUGGGGCGUAUCUUUGGCGGGAGAAGCCCAGGAGCUGUUCUCGGUGCGCCACGGUCCUGUCCGAGCUGCUCGCAUUCUACCAGCGCCUCAUAUCAGUCCUCUGAAGAUGGACAGUUUUGCUGACAAGAGGCCCCUGCUGGGGGUUUGCAAGAGCACAGGGUCCUCCGGGACGAGCCCUCCCUACUGCUGCGCUGACCUGUACUCUCUACGCACAGGGGAGAUGGUCAAAUCCAUUCAGUUCAAGACGCCUAUCUAUGACCUCCACUGCAACAAACAUAUUCUUGUUGUGAGCCUACAGGAGAAGAUCGCAGCGUUCGACAGCUGCACCUUCACCAAGAAGUUCUUUGUUACAAGCUGCUACCCCUGCCCCGGCCCCAGCCUCAAUCCAAUAUCUCUGGGAAGCCGCUGGCUAGCCUACGCCGAGAACAAGUUGAUAAGAUGUCACCAGUCUCGUGGUGGAGCUUGUGGUGACAACGCACAGUCUUAUACAGCUACAGUGAUCAAUGCUGCCAAAACUUUAAAGACAGGCCUGACAAUGGUGGGUAAAGUGGUCACCCAGCUGGCGGGCACCCUCCCCGCCGGCACUCCGGACGAGGAAGGCACGCCUCACAGCACGAGCCGCCGCAGCCCCCACAACCCCGGCGUGGUCACCAUCAUCGACACGCACAGCGUCGGCGAAGGACAGGUCUUGGUGAGUGAGGACUCGGACGGAGAGGGAGUGGUGGCUCACUUCCCAGCUCAUGACAAACCCAUAUCCUGCAUGCAAUUCAACCCCAGUGGAAUGCUGCUGGUGACUGCCGACACUCUGGGCCACGACUUUCACGUCUUCCAGAUCCUCACCCACCCAUGGGCGUCGUCACAGAGCGCUGUUCACCAUCUGUACACCCUGCAUCGUGGGGAAACUGAGGCCAAGGUCCAGGACAUGUGUUUCAGCCAAGACAGUCGCUGGGUGGCGAUCAGCACCCUGCGCGGCACCACCCACGUCUUUCCCAUCAACCCUUACGGCGGCGCGCCUUGCGCCCGCACCCACAUGUCCCCGCGGGUCGUCAACCGGAUGUCCCGCUUUCAAAAGAGCGCCGGCCUGGAGGAGAUCGAGCAGGAGCUGAACAGGGCGGCCGCCUUAGGAGGAGCAGGAGGAGGAGUCAUAGGAGGAGGCGGUUGCAUCCUGGGCGGAGGAGGAGGCAUCGGGGGCCGCUGUAGUCCCAUACCAGGCCUGUCCAGCAGCCCCUCGGGGUCUCCACUGCACGUCAAGCUGAGCAACCAGGACUCGUACAACAACUUCACCAAUAACAACAUGGGGAACCCUCGGCUGUCCCCGCUGCCCAGCCUCACUGUGGUGCUGCCUCUGGCUCAGAUCAAACAGCCCAUGACCCUGGGAACCAUCACUAAACGCAGCGGCAAAGCUAAGCCGCCUCCUCAGAUCUCCCCGAGCAAGUCCAGCGGAGGAGAGUUCUGCGUGGCCGCGCUCUUCGCCUCGUCCCGCUCCUGGUUCAUCACCAACCCCAACAUGAAAAGAGAGAAAGAUCAGUCCAGACAGUCGGUUGUCGACUCGCUGUACAUCAUCAGUUGUUACGGUAACUUGGUGGAGCAUGUCCUGGAGCCUCGGCCAAUUAGCACCGCUCAAAAGAUCAGCGACGAUACACCUUUGGAGCUGAGCACCUGCCCGAGGGCCUGCUGGACUCUGGCCAGGACUCCACAGUGGAACGAGCUGCAGCCGCCCUUCAACUCCAACCACCCCUUGGUGCUGGCCUCCGACCUGGUGCAGUACCAUCAGUAUCUUCUGGCCGCGAUGCCCCCAGGAAGCCCAGGCCCAAUCACGCGUCACGAGUCAUCAGACAGCCUGGCGUCGGACCACAGCGGUCAGGACGACGAGGAGUGGCUCUCUCAGGUGGAGAUCGUGACCCACACGGGGCCCCACCGGCGCCUGUGGAUGGGCCCCCAGUUUCAGUUCAAGACCAUUCACCCUUCAGGCCAGACCACAGUCAUCUCCUCCUCAUCCUCAGUGCUUCAGUCCCAGGGCCCCGCCGACGUCCCACAACCCCUCUUGGACUUCGACACAGAUGACCUGGACCUGCACAGUCUGAGGAUCCAGCCGGUGCGUUCAGAGCCAGUCAGCAUGCCCAGCUCAUCGGGGCUGGUGGCCGACCGUCGAGGACAGUCCAACAUCAUGGACGCGGGAUCAGGGCCGUUCGAUGGGCGCGGCGUGACCCUGCUGGAGGUGUGCGGCAGCUGGCCGGAGAGCUUCGGCGUGCCGCGGCACAACAUCGGAUCGGCGGACGCCAGCGACGAAGGCCUGCGGGAGAGACUGGCCGACGCCAUGUCCGAGUCCCCGUCCAGAGACAUAGUGGGAUCUGCUACAGAUCUGCAGAGGGAGGGCAGCAUCGAGACCCUCAGCAACAGCUCCGGCUCCACCAGCGGCAGCAUCCCGCGCAACUUCGAGGGUUACCGCUCACCGCUGCCCACCAAUGAGGGCCAGCCCCUCAGCCUCUUCCCCACCAAUUUCCCCUGACCUCUGCUCCAGGGGAGAACCACCGCCGCCGUCAAGCAGCCCCCACCUGACCACCUGCCUGCCCCCACCUCACCUGUCCAGCCAGCAUCACACUGAACCUCUGUCUCAGACCUGUGUCUUUGUCACUCAUUGAACAUUAUUAGCUUUAUAUUUCUUGGGUUGGAUGUUAUUUUAUAUAAGAAUUCCCCUGAUUUUAAAUUUGACCAUUUUAAAACCAAAAUCAUUCCAAAAAAAUAAUAAAAUUGAAACUGUCAGGAUCAAAACGCCUGCACACAAAUUUAUUGUAUCCAAGAUUAACAGCAAGUGAAUCGAACUCAAAGUGUUUAGGAGAUGCUGCGGACCGAGAGGAACGUCCUGCAUUUUCAAUAUUAGAUUUUUAAUAACAGACCAGUAUCAGUCUGACCCUCGUUACCUCGUUAUGUUCAGUCAUAAACUGGUGGACUCAGACGUCCUCUCCUCUCUACAGCUGAUGUUUCCUGACCCCCCC